UCUUCUUUAUUCAAUUCCUCGACGAUAGCUAGUCCAAGUGUUUCUUUUCUUUUCUUUUCUCUUGUUUUCAUCUCUAAACUCAUUCCCCCGCGAAACACGUCGUCGCCCGUCGGCGUCGCCGUCAAUCCCCAAACCCGACGGAUUCGAUAGAUUCAAACCUUUUUCCGAUCCUGUCUCAAGUCUCAAUUCGGUCGAUCCAUCUCCCCGAUCUUUUCUCUGGCUUUUCCCGAUGAUCUAGCGCCCUGGAAAUUUUAGCCCCAUACUCGAACAGUCUCUUUCCUAUCUAUCUAUUACUUAUAGAUACAUAUAUUUACGCUGAGCGUAUGGAUCGGAGAAGGACGGGCAGUCCGGUGUACUCGAGGCAGUGGAGCGGCGGAUCGAGCAGCACGGGGUCGUCGUCUCCGGCGAGGUCGCCUGCGCAUCCGCACUCGAGGCUGCCGCCGGGGACGGGGUACUCCACGAUUAAGAGGAGUCAGAACGUGGCCGCCAAGGCGGCCGCGCAGCGCUUGGCGCAGGUCAUGGCUUCGCAGACGGUUGAUGACGAAGACGAAGAGGACGAUCUAGGGUUUCGAUUCCUUGGCCCGACUCCCCCCUUUUCGAGCAAUGUUAAUAGUAAUAGUAACGUGCCUCCUGCUUCUCUUGCUAAGCCUAAUAGAUCUCCGUCGCCUGCGUUAGGUCGGAACUUUAUGGAGCAUACACCUUCAGUUCGUUCCACUUCAGCUGGAAGACCUUCAAUGUCAGUUCGUUCAACUAUAAUAGUGCCACCUAGUCGAGGAUCGCUGAAAACACAGGUUUCACUUCCACCAUUGGAACCUCCUAGCACUAGACCAAGAGAGAAGAGGUUUGCCUCAGAUGUUGGGCGGACUAAUUUGAAAGAUGCAGGAAAUCAGCGGGAGGCUUCUGCGCUUAGAGAUGAACUUGACAUGCUACAGGAGGAGAAUGAGAUUCUCCUUGAUAAACUUCGCCGUGCAGAACAAAAGCGUGAAGAAUCAGAGGCCAGAGGCAGGGAACUAGAGAAACAGGUUGCUGCUCUUGGAGAAGGUGUAUCACUGGAAGCUAAAUUGUUGAGCAGGAAGGAAGCAGCAUUGCGUCAACGAGAGGCUGCCCUGAAAACAGCAAAAGCAUCAAAGGAUGGGAGAGAGGAUGAAAUUGCAGCACUUCGUGUAGAAAUUGAGAACUUAAAAGAUGAUGCUGCAAGUGCUGUUGAACAACUUCGAGAGGCAGAAUCUGAAGCAAAGGCUCUUCGCUCAAUGACGCAGAGAAUGAUUCUGACUCAUGAAGAGAUGGAGGAGGUCGUUUUGAAGAGGUGCUGGCUUGCUCGAUACUGGGGCUUGGCUGUACAGCAUGGCAUAUGUGCAGACAUAGCUGUCUCCAAGCAUGAGCUUUGGUCAUCUCUGGCACCACUUCCUUUUGAAGUUGUAAUUUCUGCUGGACAAAAAGCUAAGGAGUUGUCUUGGACUAGUGGAGCAGCUGAAGAGGAUUCAGAUAGGAGUAAACUUGUUCGUGACCUGAAUGACCUAACUGGAGAAGGCAAUAUUGAAAGCAUGCUUUCAGUUGAAAUGGGCCUAAGAGAACUAGCUUCCUUGAAGGUUGAGGAUGCAGCUGUGCUUGCAUUUGCUGAGUGCCGACGUCCAAAUUUGUCUCGACAAUUGCACUCAGAUCCAAAAUUAUCAGCCGAUCCCAAGUUCAUGGAGGCAUUUGAACUAAGCCCAGAGGAGUCAGAAGAUGUUCUUUUCAAGCAGGCUUGGCUGAUCUACUUCUGGAGACGAGCCAAAGCUUAUGGUGUAGAACAGGAUAUUGCAGAAGAACGACUUCAAUUUUGGAUAAGCCGGAGUGCUCAGUCUCCAACAACACAUGAUGCCGUUGAUGUUGAGCGGGGUUUGACAGAGCUGAGGAAAUUGGGAAUAGAACAGCAACUGUGGGAAGCAUCCCGUAAGGAAAUUGAGCAACCGUCUACGGCCUCAGUUGCUAAUGGCAAAGUCGUUGCAGAAUCGGAGACAUUUUCAUAGUUGCUGUGGCUGUGAUUUCUGUAUCGUCCUCUCUCUGUUUUGAUUUAUUGUUUUUCCUUUAUAAUUUUUCCCAAUAUAAUUUUUAUCCGCCAGGUUGUUAAGAGUAGAGCCUUCUUUAUUCGCUUUAGUUCCUAUGAGCCAAGCCAUUGUCAAACUGUUUGUUUUAUCUUUUAUGGUUGCUUUUACAGACAGGAAAAACUGGAGUUUUAAGUGUAUUGUGCAGAAAGUUUAGGGGAUAUGCGAGUAUAAUACUGUAGUAUAGAUGGGAUGUUGAAAAACAAUAUUGGAAGCCGUACAUUUAAAGCUAGUGAUUCUUUUUAUUUUUUUGGUAAGAC